CCAAUGCAAGUCGGUCGUCUCAGAUGGAUUGGACUGGGAGCACACAUGCUUGAAUAUGUGGGCCUACAAUUUUUAGCUGCCGACCGUUCUCCAUCAUUUGCAGAAUUUUUGCCCACCACCGGUCAAUUAAUAAGAGGCGCCGCCGUACCCGGGCAGAGUUUGUCAAUUCCGAUCCGUUACAUGACCGAUUCACUCCCGUCGACGUCGUCGCUCCUGCCGGAGUUUGUUGUGGCCUAACUUCCAUCAACAUCAUGCUAGACCUGAUGAUUCUAGAAAUGGCAGAAAGUCUCCAACAUGUGUUCUCGGCUUGUCGCUAGAUCUUACCGCGCAUCAGCCCAUAAAAAGGGCUCGCCCGACCACAAUGUUCAUCAAAUUGCUUAAAAUCUCUCUCUCUCUCUCUCUCUCUCUCUCUCUCUCUCUCUCUCUCUCUCUCUCUCUCUGCAUCCAUGGAAACCACCAUUAGCGCUCUUGGUCCGGGUGCACUCUACAUGUUGGUCAUGUUGCUUUUGUCUUUACAAGGAUCUCCCACUGGAGCUACUGAUGUGAUCACAGCGACGCAGCCGCUCUCCGGGCAACAGAAGCUGGUCUCCCAGGGUGGCAAGUUCGCUAUGGGAUUUUACCAACCAAGUGGUGGACCCCAAGACAAGUGGUACAUUGCAAUAUGGUAUAACAAGGUGCAAAAAGUGACUCCGGUGUGGAUAGCCAACAGGGAGACACCGAUCUCCAACCCAGACUCAUCAGUGUUAACUAUCUGGACAGAUGGUAACCUAGUUCUUCUCAACAAGUCUAGAUCCAUAGUCUGGUCCAGCAACACCUCAGUCACUGCUGGAGCCUCCAACACCACCACUGUUGCUGUGCUUCUAAAUACCGGCAACCUAGUUCUAGCAUAUGCAUCCAACACCUCUAAUAUGAUAUGGCAGAGCUUUGAUCACCCCACAGACACCCAGCUUCCCGGCAUGAAGUUUGGACGGAACAAGCUCACAGGUGUGAGCAACCGCCAAGUCUCAUGGAGAGACCAUACAGACCCAUCUCCAGGCAUCUUCUCACUUGUGAUGGACCCAAACAUAACAGCACAAUACCUAUUUAUAUGGAACAAUUCUCGAUCCUACUUCACACCUGGCAAAUUCAACCCCCAGACAGGCGCAUUUGCCGGCAUACCGUCGAUGACGGUGAUGUCGCGGCCGAACUCGGUAUACUCAUACGAGUAUGUGGACAAUGACAAGGAGGAGUACUUCUUGCUCACGGUCAAUGACGACAACAUCUUCCUCCGUACCGUGAUCGACCCAUCCGGUCAGCAAAAGGGGAUGGUAUGGAUGGAGGAGAAGCAAGAUUGGAUGCUAUACUUUGUGGAGCCCAGUGAUCUGUGCUCUGUCUAUUCUGCUUGUGGGGCUUUCAGCUGGUGCGCCGUGGACAGUGUCCCUAUGUGCAGCUGCCUUUGGGGCUUCAGCCCGCAGAGCCCAACUGAAUGGAGCUCAGGAAACUACACUGGAGGCUGCACCAGGAAUGUUGCGUUACCAUGCCGCCUGAGUGGCGGAGGCUCAACGCCAUCGAUGAGUAGUGGAUAUGAGGAGGAUAGAUUCUACGUUACCAACAAUGUGAGGUUGCCUGAUGGGUCACAGGUUGUGCAAGCUACGACCAUAAGUGACUGCGAGGUAGCCUGCCUUCACAACUGUUCUUGCUUGGCCUACUCUUACAACGGCACCUGCUCUCUUUGGUACAAUGAUUUGGUGAACCUGCAACAAGAUCUUGACAACAGAGGGGAUAAUAUCUUCAUCCGGCUUCCUGCUUCUGAGAUCCGGCACACCAAAUCUAUUAGAGGGCGAACAAUAGGUCUUGCCAUCGGAGUCUCUGCACUCACAUUGGGUGUGAGCCUUAUUGGUGUCUUGUGUCUUCUUAGAAGGAGAAGGAUCAAGGGUUUACAUAACAUUGACAUGAACUUGAUGGCUUUUGGGUACAGAGACAUGAAAUUGAUAACCAAGAACUUUACUGAUAAGCUAGGUGGAGGUUCUUUUGGCUCUGUGUUCAAAGGAGUCCUUCAGGAUGGCACUGUUGUAGCAAUCAAGAGGCUCGAAGGUGUUCAUCAAGGUGAGAAGCAGUUCCGGGCAGAGAUGAGUACAAUUGGAAACAUUCACCAUCUAAACCUGAUCCGGUUGGUAGGGUUUUGCUCCGAGGGAGAGCACCGGCUGCUCGCCUACGAGUACAUGGCACAUGGUUCACUGGAUGGGUGCCUGUUCAAGACUAGCUCUGAUGAUUUACUGCCUUGGAAGACGAGAUACCAAAUAGCUAUUGGAGUUGCCAAAGGGUUAACUUACCUGCAUGACAAAUGCAGGGAUUGCAUCAUCCAUUGUGAUAUCAAGCCACAGAACAUAUUGUUGGACACAUCCUUUGUUCCUAAAGUGUCAGAUUUCGGACUAGCAAAGCUGCUAGGCCGGGAUUUCAGCAGGGUCAUGACGACGAUGCGAGGAACCAUCGGGUAUCUGGCACCUGAAUGGAUAAGCGGCACGGCCAUCACCACGAAAGCUGAUGUGUUCAGCUACGGGAUGAUGCUCUUUGAGAUCAUCUCACACAAAAGAAAUAUAGAUGAGCAUGGUGGAGACCGACGUGUGGACAAGUUCUUCCCGAUACUUGUUGCGGAGAAAAUUCAAGAAGGAAAUGUGCAGGCGCUGUUGGAUUCUGACCUGAGAAGGGACGUUGACUUUGAGGAGCUCAAGAGGGCUUGCAUGGUUGCCUGUUGGUGUGUCCAGGAAGACGAGUCCUCUAGGCCGACCAUGGGAGCAGUUGUACAAAUGUUGGAAGGCCUCAUAGAGGUUACUAUGCCACCAGUUCCACGAUAUCUUAAGGUUCUUGCUGAAUCUGCGUACCAACCAUCGACUGUCUCGGACAAGCUGGCUGCGGUGUAGUUACAAGCUUGUUGCACUGCGUAUAUGUAUGUUCAUUUCAUCAGAAGACAUCCUCAUAUGUGAUGAGUUUUUCUUUAUGUAUAUAUACACACCUGUAAAAAUUAAAGGUUUCUCAUAACUGUAGUGGAUCAUUAUUCGUGGUUUAGUUUAUUGAUUUAUAUAUAAAGUGAGGCUAAAAUGCCUCUCAUCUGAUGA